AAUUACUUGCCGCCUUACCAUUUAUCUCUUCCUGCUCGAGCUGAAGUACAGCAGCUGCAGCACAGUGUACAACUCUGAGGCCUAAAUAAGUCAUUUUCUAUUUAGUAUUCUUCCGAACAAUUACAAAGCUCCUAAAAUCUCUCCCACUCCCAUUGAAUCUCUGUCUACCCCCAAAUCUAAUUUCUAGAGAGAGAAAGGGAGAGAGAGAGAGCAAUGGCGUUCCUAUCUUUUCUCGGUAGACUGCUGUUUGUCUCUGUCUUCAUUCUCUCCGCUUACCAAGAGUUCAACGAAUUUGGUGUUGAUGGUGGGCCCGCGGCAAAGCUUUUAAAGCCAAAAAUCAAUGUUCUCUCAAAGCACGUCGCAGCCCAAACUGGAUUUCAAGUUCCACAUGUAGAAAUGAAACAAUUAAUAUUGGGAGCCAUCAUAAUGAAGGCACUUGGAAGCCUCUUGUUCGUCUUCGGCAGCUCUUUCGGAGCUUCUAUUCUGCUUCUGCAUCAAGCAAUUUCAGCACCAAUCUUGUACGAUUUCUACAAUUACGAAGCUGACAAGAAGGAAUUCGCCCAACUCUUUGUCAAGUUUACUCAGAGUUUGGCAUUGCUUGGGGCUCUGCUUUUCUUCAUCGGCAUGAAGAACUCAAUGCCAAGGAGAUCAUUGAAGAAGAAGACUCCAAAAGCAAAAACAAAUUAAAAGGAACAAACAAGAAUGAUCGGUUUUUAGUCGGUACAUUAACUUUACGUUUAACAAAUUUGCCUGAUUGUUACUAGAGUCAGUUUUGUUGAGGUUGUAUCACUAGCAGCACUGUAAUGCCUUUAUUUUCGUUCGUCUUUUUUUUUUUUUUUUCUUCCUUCGACCAUGUUAUUACAGUUCAGAAAAUUUCAGACAAAUCUGCCAUUUGAUGAUUUUAAAUUCUGGAUUCAGUAUGUGCUCUGCUUUUCUUU